AUGACGACGAUGAAGCGACCAUUCUGCGAACAAACUUCACAGAAUUCCUCGUUCUCCGAUGUGUCCAGGAGUUCAGCAAAUGGCGCUAAGAAAACGAAAUCGUCUGAUGGGUUAGCUAAGAAGAAAACAUCAACACCAGUGAAGAGAACGUCAAAAGUGGAAACGGCUACUGGUGUGCACUCUGAUUUCUCGGAUUGGGACGAAUCACCCAUUAAACAGUCAUCUUCCCUAAAGUGUUAUUCUGAGCUUCAGAGCGAUAAAGCAGCGGAAAAGGAAAACUCGGAGUUUGAGGAUUCUUUUGAUGCUCCUGUCAUACUAGAAAAGAGAUCAGCUGCAUUGCGCGUACUCGAACCUUCGCAUGAGGAAAAUGAAAAAAAGUUCAGUACAGAGUUCCAAGAAGCGGGAGCACCUACUCCAAAAGAAUUAGAUAGCGGAGUUCGUGGAUUUCCUUCUUUAAAUAACCCAGGAUCUGAGGUUGAAUUGACCGUUAGGGAAAUAAAACAUGAAGACGGACUCGUGGAUCUCAUUUGCACAACAAGUGAUGGUCAAGAUUCCGUGAUAUACCUUCAGGACUGGUUGAUUUCAAAUGAACAUGGUGUUAUGAUUGUAGCACCGGACACUCUAGUGCCUUGUACGAGUAUCACAAGUGCAACAUGGUGCCCUCGUAAGGUCGUAUUGAGUGAACGCUUCCGAGGACCUUCUGUUGCCAACAAGGCCAUGCUGAUUGGAAUAGUCGUCCAUGAGUUGUUCCAAGUUCAUGACAUUGAAGAAACCAUAUGGUCACCACAGUUGGGAAUAAAGGGUAAAGUUGAUGUUACUAUGGAGGUAAUGUUGUAUUCGCUGAUGUUGUCAUCACAUUACAAACAACCAAUCGUAGAUGGUUCGCUGCUGUAUUUAAAAGAUGGAAUCAGUCGUAAUGUCCAACCUCGUGCUUUGGAGAUGAAGGCUAUCAUCAAUCAGAGAAACAAUCUUGCUAACUACUUUUCGAGUUUGAAUGCUGAUUUACUACCAGAGUACUUCAAAAAGUGGAUUAAGUGGAUAUAUUUGGAAUGGUCCGAAGAUCAAGUGAGAAAAGCCAGAUGCAUAAGUGACCUCUGGCGAAAGCCUGUGGAAAUACGGGAGUCGGAGGGUUUUUGCGCUCCACAUCUGGUUUUGGUCUCGCAGAUUAGCACUUCACCCGACAACUCCAGUACUCUGUUGACAUUUCACAGCGCAUCCGAAAUUUCUGAAACAGUGUUUGCCCCUGGAAAUAUGUGUUUAAUUUCCACUUCGACAAAACCUGGAUUUCUCCUGGCUCCCAUAAUUGAGUCUUCGUGUAGCGAACGUUUACGUAAACUGAUAAUUGAUCUUGAGCCACCAACGGUUUCAUCUGCUGUGUCUAGUCUUCCCCACUCAGUCCACAAAAUCUUGUCAAGCAGUGAAGCAUCUAAUGAGAUCAAUGAGGAGCAGAAGAAGGCCGUACAAUCUGCUCUAUUGUCCGAUGAUUAUACGCUCGUAGAAGGUUUUCCUGGCUCAGUUUUACUGACUGCGAACACCCAUUCAGCCUUGGAUAAUGUGCUUGCUAAAUUGAGAAAGUAUACCGACGAUUCUAACAUGUUACGGCUUGGAAAAUCAUCUUCCGCUCGUGAAUCGGUCGCCGGAUUAACCCUAGACUCCAAGUUAAUAAGUGUGGAGGGGGACAGAUACGAAGCUACGAAGAGGACUUUAAUAAACACGGUGCUUGAGCCGGUGGCCCUCGCGGCAUUGUAUACAUGCAGGCAUUUCGUGCUUGUUGGUGAUGCUAAUCAGCUUGCUCCUCUCGUCCAGAACAAAAAGUGCGCUGAAGAAGGGAUGUCAGUGUCGCUAUUUGAACGUCUUCAGGUACAAAAGAAUGUUUUACAUUCUCUUACCUCACAGUACAGAAUGAAUAGCACUAUCGUUAAGUUGAGCAGUCAUAUCUUUUACCAAGAUCGUUUGGUUUGUGGCAGCGAAGAAGUAGCUAAGGCGUGCCUGAUGGCUUUAGAGGGCUUCAGAGUGUCAACCUCGGAAGGUGCAUGGAAACUAAUAGAAAGCGGACAUCUAGAAGAUUCUGUGGUAUUCAUCGAUACCUGCGCACCAACUGAGCCGACAUUCUCUGCAACAAAUAAUGGUCCGGGUUCACUUCAAAACUUUGGCGAAGCUCGUCUAGCUUGCGAAGUUGUGUCGAGAUUUAUUGCGGUAAUACUUCCCUUUCGAUUCGGUAAUAUUACUAAUCCUAGAAGCCUUUCCAAACAGCGGGUGGACGUGUUCGUGCCUAACGUCAACUAUCUUGUACUCGCAAAUGGCAACGAUGUCAGGAAUACGGAAUGGGUAUCGCGGACGCUACCAUAUUCGAAGCAGACCGCCACUGUGGACGACUACGCAAGACAGAAACGAACGGAAGACAUGCUGGAGUCCACAGAACCAGUGAAGACGGCCAAUUCAAGUAUCCAGUAA